AUGAAGUUUGACGUCCCCAUACUACGACACAUCUUCUCCUUUGCGGACAUGGAGACGUUAACGUUAACUUGCCGCCCGGCAUCGCUCAUGUGCCUGACGAUUACCCAAGAGGAAGUCGUCACGCGUAUCGAAGGAAUAAUAGGCUGGUUCGCGUCAGACGUGAAAGGGAUGCAAAACUUGAUGCGGCAGCAUUCCGUAUUCGUCGGUGGUUCGUUGGCGUUGACUCUCUUCAGCCCUGUGCGCUUCCGUCCAUCGAACGCCGACCUCUUCGUCUCGGUCGCGGGAUACAUGCCAGUCAUCCACCAUCUCACUACCUGCGAACUCUUCCACGUCGUCUCUGUCCAAUCGGUAUCCCCUGCGAUCGCCGUCCCAGCAGAUGCGUUCGCGGACGAAACUGUGUUCGCGUAUGGCGCCGGUCUCCUGUGCAUCGCUACUCUGAGGCGGCGCAACACUAUCGUCCACGUGCUCUGCACUCCCAAUCCACCACCAGGUGCAUCGACUCCCAACCUCGACUCUCUCUCGCUUUCGUGGACGACGAUGCUUUUCAAUUACGUCACGGCCGACUACGCGACAUGCGCGUACCCAGCCAUGACGCUCAUGGGCAGAGGUCUCUUCCACAUGGAGCGUUUCCUGUCCGGAAUGCCCGGGACGUCUUCCGAGCACAUUCUGAACGCGUACUCGGAGCGAGGAUUCGAGUUCGCCCGCCAUCCAAGUUGGUGGCUACCUGGGCCGGACUACUCGUGCGCUCGCGGUUGGACAUGUCCAUUCGAGGUCAGAAGAUUCGGAGAUGGCGGAGGUCUUACGGUGCCGCCGUGCGAAGGGCCCGUGAACGCGAUAGGGAGGAGUUGGAGGUUCGGCGGGGUGUCGCCAAGCGUGCACGACGGGUAG